ACAUUUUGUCCUGAUCGUGAAAAAAUUAUGUGUUCUGUGUUUUUCGAUGUACACUGUUGAUGUUGUUAUUGUUCGCCAAUCUCUAAUUCUGGGAUGCAAACUGACGGCUUUACCUACAAUUAAUAAGCGAGCUGCUUGUUCCUCUAACUCUGGGAUGCAAACUGACUUAACCUACAUACAUAUGUAUGUACAUAUGUAUAAUAAGCAAGCUGUUGAUGUUGUUAUUGUUCGCCAAUCUCUAAUUCUGGGAUGCAAACUGACGGCUUUACCUACAAUUAAUAAGCGAGAUCCGCAGAUACGCGCCGCUCGAGCGCGGUUGCCAGCCGACGACGGAGAUAUCCAGUACCAACUCGCUGCAGGUACGAGAAAAGACUGAUUCCGCCGGACCGAGA